CUACAUUUUUGUGGUUUUUGGCCAGAUACAAAUUCGAAGUUAUUCAUAUUUUAUAACAAUUUUAUUUUGGCCAAUGUUUUCAUCAUGGAAAUAUUUCAUGUUUAUUAUGUUUUAAUGAAUAUAAUAGACAUUGAAGGGGUAGCAGAAUCGGCUGCAACGGUUACAACAACAUUAGAAGCUUUGGUAAGAACUUAUUGCAUGACCUUUAAAAAAGAAAUAAUCAACGAUAUUUUAUACAAAACUUGGAAACAUUUUUGGCCCUUAAACAUUUUACCACCAAAAAAAGUUAAAGAAAUGAAAAAUUUAUUAUAUUUCGGUUGUUCUUUAACUUACGGUUUUUUCUUGAUGUCGUUCGUUUCCACAAGUCAAAUAACAAGUCUUUCUUUCAUUCGAGGAGACGGCUUAAUUUUAAAAUCAAAAUUUCCUUUUAACUCGGACAAAGACUUCAUUUACGAAACGGUUUAUAUUUGGCAAUAUUUCUUAACGUGGUUUGUUCAAGUUAUCGUGAACGCUUUCGAUUUCUUGUUUAUCCCGUUAGUUUUAAUUUGUGCAUGUCAAUACUUGGUUUUACAAGAAGUUUUGCGGCAUUUAUUGGAUCCGGAAAAAUCGGGAGUACAUCGACGGAAAAUAUUCGGAAAAAAUUGGUGGAAAUUAAGCAACAACGAUGUUUUUUUAGAAUGCAUCAAACAACAUCGCUUAUUGAUUGGCAUUUCUAAGAAAUUGGAAUCAUCUUUUAAUUUAAUUAUAUUAAUACAAUUUUUCAACAGUAUAUGUGCUAUUUGUUUAUCGACUUUUGUACUUCAAUUCGGUAAAGUUCGAGGAAUUAAAAUGCCCACGUAUUUAACUGCUCAUCUUUUACAACUAUUUUAUUAUUGUUUAGUCGGAAAUGAGUUAACAUAUAACAGCGGUCAGUUGUCUAAAGGAAUCUUCGAAUGUGAUUGGCAUUUGGUAUAUGACCUUGAUUUUCGAAGAGCAUUAAUCCUGAUGAUGGCGAGGAGCCAAAGAAAUGAAUUUUUAACCGCUGGAAAUCUCACACAAUUAAACUUUACGAGUUUCUUAAUGGUUUUAAGAUUAUCUUUCUCUGUUAACACUUUCUUAAAAAACUUUGCAAGCACUGAAAAUUAAAUAUAUACAUAUAGAUUUGAAUCGAAACUUUAAUGAAGAUGAGAAGAAGAAUAUGAAGUUCACAUAGUAAUUAUUUAAUAUUAGAACGUUUAUUUAACGUCCAAACACGUAAAGAUUUAUAGUUUAAAACGUAGCUAAUAUAGGUAUUAUAUGAAUAAUAAAUAGAUAAGAAAUGUAAUAAUAA